AUUCUAAAAAAAAUUGUUCACAAUAUCCGUUGAAAAGAUGAACAUUAUAAAAAACCAUCAAUUGCUAUAAUGAAACUUUUCAGCCGUACAGGAAAGUUCAACGUUCAAUUCAAAGUAUACGCAAACGUGCAAUUUCAACCAAUUUUCUCAUCAUUUCGUAAAAAUUCAAACCGCUAUUCAACAAUCCCUCAGUUUCAAUAACAUCGAUUCAUUUUUAAAUUUGCAUACAUGUUUAACAUUUCACGCAAGCGCAAGCGCGAUGAAGUUAUUUCCCCCAAAGAAGCAAUAACGCCGUAUGCAACAAAAUCAGUCACAAACAAAGUUUUCAUCCGAUUUGAAAAAUGGUCCAAAUCAGGAACGCAAGAGAAGGGAUAAACCAUACCUUUUGGUUCGCUUAUCCGCUCUCGAGAAUGCUUGGCUAUUGGCCGUUGAACGUCCCCUCUUCCGCGUUUUCUAAAAUUUUAAAUUCCUUUACCAUUUUUUUCUCGUACUUGCUACCAUUGAUAGUCUUGAUUCCAGGCCUUCUGUACGUAUUUCUGAAAGAGAGAAACGGGAGGAGAAAGGUCAAAAUGUUGAUGCCGCACAUCAACAGUAUAGCACAAAUGACUAAAUAUACGAUUAUAUUACGACGAACCAAGGAACUUGGUAAAUUAUUGGACGAGAUAAAGAAGGAUUGGUCGACGGCCACUCAAGAGAAUCGACGAAUUUUCAGCGAGAGGGCGUCCAUCGAGCACAAAUUGACGAUGAUAGUGGCGAUCACUAUAUACGGUGGAGGUUUCUUGUACAGGGCGAUUCUUCCACUUUCGAAAGGUAGAAUCGUUUUACCCAACAACGUGACCAUAAGAUUGUUACCCUGUCCGGGUUACUUUGGCUCCUUGGACGAGCAAGUUACCCCGAAUUACGAGAUAAUCUUCACCCUUCAAGUCCUCGGCGGAUUUGUCACUCACACAGCUGUGUGCGGCAUCAAGAGUGCUUGCUUGAUGGUGUGCAUGCAUAUGUGCGGUUUGCUAAGAAUUUUGACGAACAAACUGACGGAUCUUACGAAUGACAAUGAUGAACGAGUUGUGCAGGAGAAGAUCGUGCAUAUCGUCGAGUAUCAGACGAGGAUCAAAGAAUUUUUGAAUCACGUUGACCAAUUCGUACCCUACGUUUAUCUCAUCGAAAUUUUUGUCGGAGUACUGAUUACAUGCAUACUUGGUUACUGCAUAAUCGUGGAAUGGGAAGACAGCGAUGCCAUGGCUAUAAUAGCUUACGUUGCCUUGCAAACAACUUGCGUCUUUGGCACCUUCUCCAUAUGCUAUGUCGGUCAACUUUUGGUUGAUGAAAGCGAGAGUGUUAGACAAGCGUGCAAGACAUUGAAAUGGUAUCGAUUACCUACAAAAAAGGCGCGCAGCUUGAUACUGUUGAUCAUUAUGUCGAAUUAUCCAAUAAAAGUCACUGCGGGAAGACUUGUGGACGUAUCCUUGGUCACGUUUACUAGUAUCAUUAAGAGUGCUGUGGGAUAUAUGAAUAUAUUGCAACAAGUUACUUAAGAUUUUACAUUUAUGAGAAAAAUAUUAUAAAAUUUACCAUACGA